UCUAAGGGAAAUAACUGUUAAAGAUGAAUAAAUCUCUUUACCUAAACUGAUAGAUUAUCACAUUAUUUAAACAAUUAUCGGCAAAAAUCAGCCAAAUAUAUUGUUAAAUCAUCUUUACGUAGAAGAAAACUUACCAUUUAAUAUUGUUAUUCUAAGAUUUGUACUGUAUUGGUGAAAUAUGAUAGAUAAUGGAUAAAAUUCCUUUAAAAAUGUCAACAAGAACGUUUGAUCAAAAUAUCAGUAAAAAGGUUUGUUUGACAAAGUUAUCAUUUAUGUCGAAACAAUAACCUUUGUAUUAUCAACUUUUAAUCACGAGUAAAUCACAAAUAUCAAACAUUUACUAUUUUUCUAUCUGACAGAAUCUCGGAUGUUACAGAAAUCACUCUCCGUGACUGUCAAGCAAUUAUGUAAUCUCCGUAACGCACUUGCACAAUUUGCACCUAGCGAUUUGAUUGGGUAAUUAAGGGCUGCAAGGCCAAUUAUAUAUUGUCGUUGAGUGACUAUUUCAGUAUAUUUUAUUUCACUUUACUCGUCUGUCAAAUUUGUCUCAACGCACAGGAAACAUACAAUAAUUAUUUUGUAUAAUUUGUAUUUAAAGGAAUGGAAAAUUUGUUAUAGCAUUAUUCAUACUCGGAUUUCAUUUAGAAACAUACACUGUUCUUUUCCAUACAUUGGCAUAGAAACCUAAUAAAACAGAAUGUCUAUCAGGUAAAUUAUUCUAAAUUACAUAGGAUUUACAUUUCAUUUCAGCACUUCAGUAUGUCCGUGGAAAUACCUACAUAUUAUUCAUAUACAAAUGCUCUAGAUUUUAUUUUCAUCUGUCAAACAUGAAAAAGUGUAAUACGAAUAACAUCAAUUUUGUGUAUAAAAGGGAUAAUAUUUUUGUGUAUCAUUUAUGUAUAAUAAAUCUUUUCCUGUAUGUUUUUCUAUGUUAUUUAUAAAUAUAGCAUUUAUCAUAUUUUAUUUCAGACUGAGAUUAUUCGGUGACGUAACAGAUUCACCAGAGACAACUAAAGCUGAAAUAGAAUCAAUCCUAACACCAGAAACCAAGGGCAACAACUCUGUAUUCGAAAAUGAUACCCCUUCAUGUUUUGAUACAUCGUCAAAGGUGACUUCUGAGACUAGAGCCGAUGCACGCAGAAGCUUGUUCGCAGUCAAGCGUCUAGCUGAAGAUGAUCUUUCUAACGAUACUCCAUGCUCGAAAAAGAUGCGUCAAAUAGAGAAUGAUUUAGCUACAUUAACUACUCAGAAUGUCAUUACGGCAGUAGAACGUCUCGAAUCUCGUUAUUUGGUAGCCGAUGGAUCACGUGACUACAUUCUACCUUCAGUACAAGGAAAACAUGGCGACCUCAAAUCCAUCACACCGGAAACAAUGGCAAAAGUGUUGAACGGUAAUUACAGUGACAAGAUUGGGAAAGUCACAAUCGUAGAUUGCAGGUACCCGUACGAAUUUGAUGGCGGACACAUCCGAGGCGCUGUCAACUUGUACACAAAAGAUGACGUCAACAGUCUUCUCCAGUCACGUGACGUGACAGAAAAACCACACAUUCUUAUAUUUCACUGUGAAUUCUCAUCUGAAAGAGGUCCAAAAAUGUAUCGUUUUCUAAGAAGCCAGGAUCGUGAAUUGAAUAAGGAACAUUAUCCAAAACUAAACUUUCCGGAAGUCUAUUUACUUGAUGGCGGUUACAAAGCUUUCUUCACAUCACAAAAGCAAUGUUGCGAACCUGCCAGUUACAAGCCGAUGCUGCACGAAGAUCACGCAGCUGAUUUACGUCACUUCCGGGUAAAGUCUAAAUCAUGGACGGAAGGUGACAAACAGAAGACUAGCAAACGUCAGCGUAGUCGACUAAAUCGUCAUCUUAGUUUCUAAACAUUUGAAUUAUCUUGUUGUUUCCCUAGUGCUAAUGUUAUUUGUUAUUUUUGUCACAUUUGAAUUAUUUGUUGUGUUUUUGUUAUGUAUAUAUAGUGGAUAAUAAACUGAAAAUAUAAAUUAUGCUAUUCCUUUUUCCUUAACAACAAGAACUUGUUUAAACGCUUUCAAGGCAGUUCGAUUGAUCACCCAUUUUCCAGUAUGAUGUUUUUUAGCAUUAUAUUUAUAAAGAUUAUAAGUAUGACGUAUAACGACAUACCGAUGGGCGAAAUACUUUAUGUUUGAAUAAUUAUAGUUUUCAUACUUGCCAGAAUAUUCUUCAUGAAUAUCAGUUAGUUA